UCUAGUCUUCAAGCCGGAGCUCCAACAACCUGGAACUGCGCGACAAACAGCACCGAGGUGACGGUGAAGCUUGUACCAUGCAGCCCGGAGAGGAGGACAGCCUGGGACCGCUUAUUUUUGAGCCCUUUCUACAUUGACGGAGUAUUUCACCCCUCUUUUCUUGGGGACAUUACUGCGAUCUCAUUGAUCUGACAUACCUUCACUCUCAUCCACGCACCCGCGCGCGCUCUCGCAUCUCCGUACGGAUACCCGUUGCCGUUGAACAUUAGUGAGGAGCUAAAACAUUGAGGGAAGCACCUGAAAACAUGGAUUUAUUCUCCAUCCCACCCCGCGUUUGCUGGUGGAGGAUCCUGUUUCUCCUCAGCAUCUUCCAAGAUUAUAUGAGCUCCAUGCUGGACUGCCCACCGACCUGCCGUUGUUCUACCGCGAGCAUCUUUUGCAAUGAGUCUUACCAAGGGAAUUUCUUUCCCCUCCUGGCACUACAGGACACCGUGAGCGAUGGGAAUACCACUAACAGCCUCCCGGACCUGUUUGAGAACAUCUCCUCCAUACACAUUGAGAACUGGUCGGGCUUGCAGACGUUGAGGGACGUCGACAUGGAGUUGUACACCGGGCUUCAGAGACUGAACAUUGUGAACUGCAACUUACGUACGAUUCAAUCGCGAGCCUUUGCCAAGAACCCCCACCUGCGCUACAUAAACUUGUCCGGGAACCCUCUGAUAACUCUCUCAUGGCAACUCUUUCAGAAUCUCCAACUUUUCGAGCUGAAACUGGAAAGAGUGGUGUUUAACUGCAGCUGCAAUAUCCGUUGGAUCCAGCUGUGGCAACAGCGAGGCGAAGCCGGACUUCAUAACCAGCAGCUGUUUUGCAACAACGGAGUUUCCAAGAUCCCUCUACAGCUCAUGAACAUCUCACUCUGUGAUUUGCCGGAAAUCAGCGUAAGUCACAGUAACCUGACGGUGAUAGAAGGUGACAGGGUCACAAUCACUUGUAAUGGAUCAGGAGUGCCGGUACCGGAAGUAGACUGGACUGUUGGUGGACUGCACUCCAUUAACACACACCAAUCCAAUCAAUAUCCACCGAAUGUCCACUCCAUCAACUUAACUCUGGUCAACGUCAGCCGAGAUGAUAACAGCUUCAUGCUGACCUGCAUUGCAGAGAAUAUAGUUGGGAUGACUAAUGCUUCAAUACAGCUUUCAGUACAGUUCCCUCCUGUUAUCAUUAAGUUCGAGGAACCGCAGAAGUGGCACGACACGUGUAUGGUCUUCACAGUGCGUGCAAACCCCCUGCCCACCCUGCGCUGGUACUAUAAGGGUGAGGAGAUCAAACCGACUGAAUACGUCUGUCCAGAGAUGGAUGUCUACCAAGACAAUCUAGAGGGAUGCCUCAUGUUCAAAAACCCCACACACCACAACAAUGGCAAUUACACGCUAGAGGCCAGCAACUUCCUGGGCGUGGCCGUCAAAACCGUGUACGCCCACUUCCUGCAGCCACCUUUUGAUGACUACCCAGAUUAUGUGAGUCCGACUCCGACAGCUAUUCCAACAAUGACACAUCGGCCUGAAGAGGACACGUUUGGCGUGUCAAUUGCGGUUGGCUUGGCUGGCUUCGCCUGCGUUCUCCUUGUCGUUAUGUUUGUGCUAAUCAACAAAUAUGGCAGACGCUCAAAGUUUGGCAUGAAAGGACCCGUGGCCGUGAUCAGCGGUGAAGAAGACUCCGCCAGCCCCCUCCAUCACGUCAAUCACGGCAUCAUAACCCCGUGUACCCUAGACGCCGGGCCAGACGCUGUGGUGAUCGGAAUGACCCGUAUCCCAGUGAUCGAAAACCCACAGUAUUUCCGGCAUGGGCACAACUGCAACAAGCCCACAACUUAUGUACAGCACAUUAAGCGUAGAGACAUCGUUCUCAAGAGGGAACUGGGCGAAGGGGCCUUUGGGAAGGUGUUCCUGGCAGAGUGCUACAACCUAAGCCCCACUAAGGACAAGAUGCUGGUGGCUGUCAAGACUCUGAAGGAUCCUACCCUCGCAGCGAGGAAAGACUUCCAGCGGGAGGCCGAGCUGCUGACCAACCUUCAGCACGAACACAUAGUGAAGUUCUACGGCGUCUGUGUAGAUGGAGACCCGCUUAUCAUGGUCUUUGAGUACAUGAAACACGGAGACCUCAACAAGUUCCUCAGAGCUCAUGGCCCAGAUGCAAUGAUCCUGGUUGAUGGACAGCCGCUGCAGACCAAUGGGGAACUGGGGUUAUCUCAGAUGCUGCACAUAGCCAGUCAGAUCGCAUCAGGCAUGGUCUACCUGGCGUCUCAGCACUUUGUGCAUCGCGAUCUGGCCACACGCAACUGUCUGGUGGGCAACGGCCUGCUGGUGAAAAUCGGAGACUUUGGAAUGUCAAGAGACAUCUAUAGCACUGACUACUACCGGGUGGGAGGACACACAAUGCUGCCCAUUCGCUGGAUGCCACCAGAAAGCAUCAUGUACAGGAAGUUCACGACGGAGAGUGACGUGUGGAGCUUCGGCGUCAUCCUCUGGGAGAUCUUCACCUACGGCAAGCAGCCAUGGUUUCAGCUGGCAAAUAAUGAGGUAAUUGAAUGCAUCACACAAGGACGCGUGCUGGAGAGGCCACGGCUUUGUCCCAAGGAAGUGUACGACAUUAUGCUUGGAUGCUGGCAGAGGGAACCGCAGCAGAGGUUGAACAUCAAAGACAUCCAGAAAAUUCUUUAUGCCUUGGGCAAAGCCACACCUGUCUACCUGGAUAUCCUGGGCUAGUGUUUGUUGGGAAUGUGUGUGGAUGUCUGUCUGUGUCUAUCCAUCGGAGGAACGAACAACCUGGGAUUUACCCAAAACAACACUGUCAGACACCUACAACAUGGGGAUGGACUUAAGUGCCUGCUACUCCUUUCGAUACACUGGAUAAGUCUUUAAAAAGCACUUUUACAUUUUGUUUACCUGCAUAUAAAGAUGUACAGUUCUACUGCAAGAAGAGGAGUCUCCUUUCUCUAUUUCAUUUUUUUUUUUUUUUGGUAAGAACAGCCUACUUUUAAACUCUAAAAAAGGAAUAACGGAAAAUUGACCCCUAAAGUAUGAAAAAGUCUUUUUUUUUUUUUUUUUUUUUUUUUUUUUUUUUUUCUGACUGCUUGACAACUGUCCCAGUGGUAACUUGUUUUUCAUUUUAUAAAUAUAUAUAUAUUUUUAAUUUAUUUUUCUUUCUCCGAGUGUGGAUGUAUGCCAUGUUUCUUGCUAAGGGUUUAUCGCCUUUCGGAUAUGACUGCUCAACAUUGCCAUGUCAGAUGAUUGGCAAGGACUUUUUUUUUUUAAAAAAGCCUUACUGCGCUCUGAUUGGCCGGAUCUUCUCUUUGACUUUACAGGAAGUAUCCAACAGGGCUUUUAAAUAUUCUGAGGAGCUUUUUAGUGAAUGGAUUAACUUGAAGGAACCACCAAUCAAUACAAAGGAGUUUAUUUAAAAAAAAAAGAAAAAAAAAAAAAGAAUGUAUAUAAUGUAAAUUUCUGUGUCACAAGCGACAGUAUGUUAACUUAUUUCAUUUCCUGAUUAGAUGAUUUUAGUUCCUUGGCGUGCUGUUACGGUGAGUGAAUUCUAUAAAUAUUUUGAUAAUAUUUUAAUGUUUUUUAUUUUUCCACAUGUCCAUAGAAUGUAUGUUGAUACUUCUAAAUGAGGUUUUUUUUUUCCCUUCAUUUCCCCCUUUGUUUGGUUUGGAUGCAACUUAGAGCUAGAGAACGGUUAGUUUCAUGAUGGAACUCACCACAAAGGGAAAAUCAUGAGACGUAGCCUCGCUCCUUGUAUUCCAGAGACCAUUUGCUUCUGAAAUGAAUGUAAUAGAAAAGGUAGAUUAUUUCCCAAAGCAAGAUCAUGCCCAGAAAAAACUCAUAUUCCAUUCAUUAACUCUCAUUGCAUUUAUGAAUUGUGAUUAUGCUUCUUUGCAAACAUAUUAUAUAAUCCUUUCCCAUACUUUAAUUAAAAAGAGAUUGUUAAGCUGUCUGGAAGAACUAGCAUGUGCAAACUAAAAAAAAAAAAAAAAAAAAAAAAAUGCUAAAUUCCCUAAGAAACACUGUCCUUUCCUAGUUCGGCGACUCUUUCUUUACUACUUCCUCUAGUAACUAUUGUAGCUGCUAAUAGAGUCAUCAGAAUAUAAUAGAAGAGAGUCCAUAAUAACGUUUGGAUUCUGUCAGGUAAUAAAUAUUCUUUUCACCCCAUUGUUUCACAAUAGAAGACUGUAAACAUACCAUGCGAUAACUUAAUUGUAUAUUCAAGAUGGAGCUUUUCUAAGACUAAAGGGCUUAUUUGGAACAUUCUUCAUUUCUUCUCAAUUGACAUUUGGAUUUUAUUGUAAUGUAUUCUCCCGUUUACUCUCUCUUGCACACUUUCGCUGGCUCAUGCAUUUCGUUCAAGGUGAUGUGUGGCUCAGUGUUUGUCUGAUGAUAAAUCUGUAAUCACUGCACGUGAAGUAAAUGAGCCAAGUAAACUUCAGUUCAACUUUGGCUGCAGAUAUGAGCAAAUGAUUCUUAAGCAUACAAUCCGUGACAUUUCAAAAACUCAUCCUGAAUUUCCCUCAACCCUUACACAUAUUAACAGCUGAACAUUAAUAUGUAUUUCAUGUGUAUAAAAGUGCUCACUUUGACUCUCGCAACUUUAUCCAAACCAAACCAUUACCAAAAGUGAAAAUCGUCAAACUUUCCUGCUUUUCCCAGCUCCCUAUCAGGGACCAUGACUUAAAUUGCUGUUCGAGGCAACCUGCCCAUCACGGUUCGACAGAACACAUUUGCGCUUAACCAUAAUCUCACCCUUCACAUCAGGAAAAGUUCUUGGCGCAGAGGAAGUGGCUUGAACAUUUGUUGAUCUUGUUGUGUUGUUUCUUUCUGCUUCCCACAGUGGCCAGAUAAUUCUCUCCACAUCUAUGACAAGGGGGAAAUUGCAAAAGUCUUUCAAUAACACCGCCAGCGAUGUGCUUACGUGUGAUAAGAUGCUUCUCAUUUUGAUAUUCUCGUCGGCUGCAGGGCCCUGCUGCAGAUAUUCACUGACUUCACAAUUUUGCCCAAGCUUUCAUGCAGAAAAGUAACAGACGAGAUUUACCCCGGUAUGGGUACCGAAAUGGUUUGAGGUUUAUUAAACGAGCAGGUGCACCUGAAUCCCGGACGAGCCCCUAGUUUAAGACUUCAUUUCAAGCGCAGUCCUCUUUACUGAAUGUCGUUUCUGCAAAUCUUUCACUGAUGUGGCAUACCAGAUUUUACAUGUCAAUUGUAGUACACAGUGAGCAUUCACGCUGAAUUAGGUUCUAAUUGGAAGGAAACAGACAAAAUGUCACUUUUGGCAAUGACGCCAAUUCCCAGCUUUCCUGUAGAGAGACAGGACUUGGAGAAUGCAUGUGGGGAUAAUUUCAAAAUAUGAAAAUUAUAUAUGUUAACAUUUGAAGAGGCUAUCUUUUCAUUUGCCUUUGUUCAACCUCUUUUUCCAGUGUGGGCAAUAUUCUGUAAAAACCUUUCUUGCCUACUCAAAUAUCGCUAAUAAAAUACUGGUUUAUUUAAAAAGUUAACAUUAUUAGCUCGAGUUGCAGUCUUUUAACAAUUUUAUAUUCCUUUGAGCAUUGUCUGGGCAUUUGUUUUAUGACUGUCUUGUGAAACAAGCUUUAUACCCUCAUGUACUUCCUCUCACCAUGUGUAUGUUUAUAACAAAACUGCAUUCCUACAUGUUUCCCCAGAGGACUAAGGGUGGCUCACUGUUGUGAAUCGGUCGAGUCGGUGAUUACUGAAGAUUAUUUGAGUCAUUGGGUACAUAACUGUGACUAACAGGGUUGAAAGAGUCAAACAUUUCUCUGCGGUUUACUCUGUGAGACCGAUCGUUGCUCAACGACCUGUAAAAGGUGGAUUAUACAAACGUGGCAAGGAGAGGUGGGGUAGCGUUCGCUGCAGGGAGGCUGUAUCUUUAUCACCUGAAGCCGUCGGAGAACAGGCGUGAACUGAAUUAGUAGUUUCUGUAAAUGAAAGGACGUGAGCCACAGCUGGUUUGGAGAGGGGGAUCAGACGAGGAGGAGUGUGACAGCAGGGUGACGGUAUGGCAGCUCCAGGGGUUGCCGUGACUCUAAUGACUUCACCUUGCAGAAAUGGGUGGAAAUUACCAAUGAAAUGAGUUUUUGGCCUGGGCUUUUAGAUAUCCCUUAAAUAUGAUGGCCAGUCUUUCGGUAAUCCCCCUGAGGCAGAGAAGAGAGGUGUGUGUGUGGUUAUGUCUGUGUGUGUGAAAAAGCGAGGGGUAGGAGAGAUGAAUCGGUGAAGGUCACACACUAACAGAGUGGAUAGAAGUGCCACAGCGCUGUCUGUUGGCAGGCUAACAGAGUUGAGUUAAGCAUUCUGAGCUGUGAGGCAAGCAGAAUCUCCCUCUCUCGCUUACCGCCGCCAUGGCAGCGAACAGGCGCAGGGCGAUUGAUGAGAGGUUUAAGACCUUAAUCAUGAGGAGAAGAAGCGAGGCAGGAAGCUGGAACAUUACGUCUGGAAUGAGCUCUCUUUCAGCACUUCAUAACCCUGCAGAAGGGCUGUAGAAACCUCGGCACUGUCACGCUUCGCUGCUGAUCUCAGAUCAGCCCUCUCCUCAUCCAUUUAUCCUACCUUCUGUGGGCUUGAUUUACCAAAGCAUUUAACGCAUGCAAGACUGCCUUACUGGGGCGAAGUGAAGAAGAACAACUAUAAUUCCCCAAUCACCCACUAAAAUGUUGCUAAAAUCAGAUGCCGGCAAAACGUUUUAACACGUCAUGUUUACUUUUUUUACAAGAAUUACAGCUAUUUGAUAUAUUUCGUUUUGAGCACUCGGAGGCAAAGCUAAUCCAAGCAUAGCUUCUUUAGAAUCCAGUAACAACCCCAUCAAAUUAGCCGACCAGCUUUUAGAACUCAUUUAGCACCCCGACACUUGAUGUGGCCACCUGGAGCAAUAAUCUUCAAGAGAUGCAGUCACGCUGAAUAUCUUACUGAUUGAAUCUGUUAUCCCAAAUUGUUGUCGCUGCAGAUCUUCAGCUGUCACUGUGUCUCGCAUAAAAAUGCUAUCCGUUUUUUGCCUACAGGAUAAAACUCAUUUUCAUUGCCUUCAAAACAUUUAAUUAAAGAUCCUUAUCUGAUUUGAAACCCCACUCCUAAAUUACAAAUGAGACUACCAGAACAAGUCCUUAUCUACCUCCAGUGCAUUGCCGCUUAAGUACUCUUAAUGUACUCUGGAAAGAAGCAGUUCCAAACUUGCGGUCGAUUCAUGGCACACUCUGCUGAUGAUAUGAAUAACAAUGGUAAUGUUUUUAUACAUCUGAAGCAGCGACAUCCCUGAGAAAGGGCCAGCUGCAUUUUGAGAGCCUGACUCAGCUCACGCUGCAGUUUCAGUGUACUCUGGGCACAUGGACAAGCAUGUGAUUCUUGUUACUUAGAACCUAAAGUGAUCUAUAGUUUAGGCCGGCAGAUCUCCUGAGCUGUGGGAAAAGCUGAACCCGCUUUCAAGGACAGUUGUGCAUUUAACUCGGAAAGCCCAGCCAAAUGCAACUCCGGUUUUCUUUAAAAGGGAGGUUAAAAUUGACUGCGGCAUUAAGACUUCAGAUGGGGAUGUCACCCCAGAGCAAUCUCCUGCACUGUCAGCAGACUUUGACAUCUAGAUUAACCUUGCUGCUGUGAGCGUGCUGACGGCUCUCAUUGGGAUGCAAGAAGCAUCUCGGAUCUUCUAUUCCAAAGGUACCUUGGCCCACUCUCUCCCUGUUUGAAAAGGGAAGUAGAAAGCAUGAGCCAGCACAUACACACUGAUCCAAGGGUGGUCUUUAAGUGUGUCCGUGUUGGAGGGGAUGUUAUCGCUUUUGGACCGGAAUUGCUGAACAAUUGGUGAUCUAUCCCAGCCUUGCUUGUGUUUUCCAGCAAGCAAAAGAUAUACCAAAGGGCCUAGGAGGAUGUCUUAAAUUUCUUUCAAGUCCUUUUCAACAGAACUGUAUUAUUUCCUAAUAGAGACUACGGCCCUUUGUUCCACAGAAGAAUGUGUGUCAAUCACAACAAAAGGGGAGUGAGCUCCUUUGAGCUUCUGCUCAGCCUCUUAAAUGUAUUAUUUUAACCUUGUUCCAUUCUCUGGUCAGCUGUGGGGAAAAAGUUGUUUUACCAGGGUGAUUACUACAAGGUAGUUCCAACUUUGAGAGAAAAGUUAUUUCUCCUGUAAUUGUUUCUUUUCACUUGUGCCAGAUAAUGACUGUAACCUUGUUGGUCAAAACUCAAUAUCUAAACAGCAUGACGAUUAGUCGUCAACCCUUUUGUCGGCCAAAUUUGAAAAAUAAACUGCCAGUUGUCAACUCAAUAAGGAGUCAAUAAGUCACUUUUUCUUUCUAGCAGAAGCCUUCUGAAAUAGCUUUGUUGCAGUAUGCUUGUUUAUAAGAUUUUUGCUGCUGGGGAAAAAAGAGCUACUCUCUGCCUUGCCAAGAUGUUGUUAAUGAAAACAUUAGCUUAAACCAGGCUGGUUCUUGGAUCAGCAAAGUUAUUUUUUUAGUACAUGAUUGUAAUUCUGAGGGCACUGUUUAAAACACUGCCAUUAACUCAUGGUUCCCACAUCAGAAGUUUCAGACACAAGCGACUGUGAGCCUGGGAGACACUCUGAGCUCUGACUUGAGGACCAACUGCUGAGAAACUGCUUUAAAUGUCUUCAUUAGUGGCAAGGCUAACAGUAGAAUACCCCUGCAGUGUUAAGAGGGUGCUAACAGGGACCUACCCAUACAAUAUCCCAACUAAAAAUAACCCUGCGAGAAGGGUGGAUGGAGUGGGGCGGUGAGUUUGUGACUCAUGCUGCCUACGUUUGGCUCAGAGCUGGGGUGACAUUUCAGAUCACAGCUCGUCUGCACUAGCUCUGCCACCCACAAUGCCAUACGUUUAAGUCAGACUACUGCAAACUAGCCUCUUACUGCAGCGAACAAGAACAUGUUUGAGUCACUGUUAUAGUGCAGCAUCUGGCCUUUCAGUUUCAAUGAAGUCUAUCACAAUGAAGGUGAUGUUAUAGUUCACUGCGUGUUUAGUGCUUUUAGUACAUAGCCUUGUUAAUGCAUUUCAUGAGGUCAAAACUAAAUGUAAACAAGAAGGUGGUGAAAUCUGUGUCAAGUGUCUCCUUGUGUUCUUUUAUUGGUGCAUGUAAUGCUAAUGCGAUCACACAAACAGUUAUUUAUUACUACAUGCAAACCCUAGAGACUCUCAUUUUAGGCCAUUGCUUUCAGAGAGUUUGAUGGCUAAACGACAGCAAAAGAAAAGAAGGUCAGAAAUAAUUAAUUGGCCUUAGGUCAAAGAAGAAGCAAUGUAGGACACAUAUGCUUUUUUAGCUGCAGCGGUUUUACAAUCAUCUAGCAUGCUAUUCAACACAGGGAUGUUUUCAGAGAUUAAAUGCUACUAAUAAAACAAUUUUAUCAGUCAAGCUUUUUUGUACAGUAUGUUGUAAGAGUUGGUAUAAGGAGAGCUAUAUUCACAAAAGGGGGUUUGCAUACUUAGUAAAACAUAUUUCUAACGUAAUAUUUGGAUAAAUGUCACGGCUUGGGACCUGAACGAGUCAUGCUGGGUGAUGACUUAUUUUUUCAGACUGUUUCUAGGCUAUCUAUAACAUGUUAGCAUUACAUUGUGCUUUGUAUGUUCUGAUCAGACUUGUUGGGCUAGUUUAGGAUGUUCUUUUUUGAUGGGUUAACAGUUUCUCUCUAUGAUCUUCCUCUUGCAAAGACAGGUUUUCUAAAAUCUUAAAAUAAAUAACUUCCGCCCUUUUACCAAAAAAAGGCUUUAGAAUUCAGCAUAAUAUGCAACGGUAAUAAUACACAUCUUUUGGUAAAAUCCUAAAAAUAUUUUGCCAAGUAUUGAUUAAAGAAUGAACAUUUUAGAUGAGGUUGUUUGUAAAAUGGGGUCUUUCUUUUUCAGACCAAGCAUCCGUCUUUUCUUAAUGUGAAUCUUGUUAUGAAAGCCAUAGAUAGAUAGACUAUUUGGUAUUUAAAGCCAUACAAGGAACUAUGUUAGGAAUCGCAUUAUAAGAAGUAUAUGCACACACUUGUUCUAUCAUACCAUUAGCUUUAUGAUUUGUGAAUCAGGGAAAAAUGAGUGGAUAAAUUGUGUGGAUCUGGAAUGGAUAUGCCAUGUACAGACAAACACUGCAGUAGAAGCUUAGGAAAUAUUGUUGUCCCACUCUCACAGUGCUAAAUCCAAUCGACGCCGCGAAAGCCACAGCAGGAGCUGACAUUUCCAACCUUGUUUUAAAAGCCAACCUCAGCUAUAUUAAAGUCUGCAGGCAACAGGAUUCUCAUCUAAACAUAAUGGCUCACCAUGUAUUGUUUUGUCCAUCUUUUCAUCUCUCAAACAUCCUGGCCCUCCAGGUAGUGGACUUGCACUUGAAAACUAGAUGUCUGAGCUGACGGCGCAAUCUUAUUGUCAUGGUGCCUGGGCUCUAGUGGAAAGACCAGACAGGAAUCUGGAAUGCAGGGAGAGGAGAUAAAAUCCUAAUCACGUAUGUGAUUGGACUCUGUGUUUCCAGUAACAUAUUGGCGGAAGAGAAAUAUAUUACCAGUAGGCUGUAUUGCAGCGGCCUCAAAUCCAUGUCUACAACUUUAGUUUUCCAUUUUUAAAUGUACAAUUUGUUUAUUGGCGCAUUUGGAAUUGAUGUCAUAUAAGCAGUAUAUACUGUAAACAAGGAUAAGAGAUUCAUAAAACCAUGUUAAAAGAACUCAUAUUACACAUUAGCAAUAUCUGUGUGUGUCACUAUCAUUGUUAGUAUUCAUCUUUCAACCUAAUAUAUUUCUCUUCCUGUGAAUUGCGUGUGGGAAAAAUCCGUUGCAAUAUUAAACUGUGGGAGACAUUUAAGCUACACAUCUGUACGCAUUUGUUUAUCCAGUGUAUGUGGUCUUUUUCAUCGAGGCUAACGCAAGAACAGCAGUCGGGCGAUGCUGAGUUCAAAUGUCUGAAUAUUUAUGUGACGAGUGCAGAUAUUUUGUGUUUUCAUUGCCAUUGAGCUGUGUACGGUUGAAAAAUAAUAACUUUGUGACACCCUCUGGCAUCCACAGUAAUGUAUUUUCCAUCUGAGAAGUCCUAGCUGAAGUGCUGACUUUACGAUUUCUCUUGAGUAUUUCUAUCAUCUUGUCCGGACCCUCGUUAGAAUGAAAAAGGGACGAGGUGUGAAAAAAAAUCUCACGGUUCCUCUAUUUGUAACUCAUCGUUAAUCCACCUGUGUUCUGUUUACUGAUCCAUCUAUAAACUAAAAACAGCUGUAACUAACUAUGUAUCCUAUGAUGAUUUAUGUAGACUUAUUCUAUAAAUAAAGAGAAAAAAUACAA